GACGGGCCCUAAGGAGAAGUACUGCUUCCAGCAAGUCAAAUACUUGGAUUUCAUCAAUGGCGAGACAAAAGAGGCAAGGUGCGCCCAAUGCACAAAUGCUAAAGUAAACAAUCAGUCUCCUUUGCGACCGUCAGGAUUAGAAGACAGCCUGAGUCCUUCCAGGAAAUUCAUGUAAGCAGGUCCCCAGAACUCGCUGACAAACACUGCAGCCGAAGGCGUGUAUGAGGCCAAGAAAGGCCAAGGAACCACUGCGACCCCUCCAGGAGGGCGUGGGGACGGCCGAGCACAACUAGGCACAAAGGAACCCGAGUCUCGCGUGCUUAUUGGCCCUGCCACUUAACGCUAGAUGGACGGACCUGAGCGCCAGCCAAUCUCACCACAGCGUGCGAGAGUGGGCGGAGCAGUGCAGGGCAGUGGGGAUCGCCCGGCGGCAGGCAGGAGACAACAGAAGGGAAAGGCAGUGUGUGAUGAGUUUGUCAAGAAGGAAUGGAAGGAGGGGGAGCCGACAAGUCCACGUUCACCGCAUCUGCGUUGGCCAUUGCGCUAUUGAUGCGCAUGCGCAAAAGAAAGCAGAGGAGUACUUGCGCCUGUCCCGGGUGAAGUGUGUCGGCCUCUCCGCACGCACCACGGAGACCAGCAGUGCAGUCAUGUGCCUGGACCUUGCAGCUUCCUGGAUGAAGUGCCCCUUGGACAGGGCUUAUUUAAUUAAACUUUCUGGUUUGAAUAAGGAGACAUAUCAGAGCUGUCUUAAAUCUUUUGAGUGUUUACUGGGCCUGAAUUCAAAUAUUGGAAUAAGAGACCUAGCUGUACAGUUUGGCUGUACAGAAGCAGUGAACAUGGCUUCAAAGAUACUAAAAAGCUAUGAGUCCAGUCUUCCCCAGACACAGCAAGUGGAUCUUGACUUAUCCAGGCCACUUUUCACUUCUGCUGCACUGCUUUCAGCAUGCAAGAUUCUAAAGCUGAAAGUGGAUAAAAACAAAAUGGUAGCCACAUCCGGUGUAAAAAAAGCUAUAUUUGAUCGACUGUGUAAACAACUAGAGAAGAUUGGACAGCAGGUCGACAGAGAACCUGGAGAUGUAGCUACUCCACCACGGAAGAGAAAGAAGAUAGUGGCUGAAGCCCCAGCAAAGGAAAUGGAGAAGGUAGAGGAGAUGCCACAUAAACCACAGAAAGAUGAAGAUCUGACACAGGAUUAUGAAGAAUGGAAAAGAAAAAUUUUGGAAAAUGCUGCCAGUGCUCAAAAGGCUACAGCAGAAUGAUUUCAGCUUCCAGACUGGUAUACAUUCCAAACUGAUAGUACAUUGCCAUCUCCAGGAAGACUUGACGGCUUUGGGAUUUUGUUUAAACUUUUAUAAUAAGGAUCCUAAGACUGUUGCCUUUAAAUAGCAAAGCAGCCUACCUGGAGGCUAAGUCUGGGCAGUGGGCUGGCCCCUGGUGUGAGCAUUAGACCAGCCACAGUGCCUGAUUGGUAUAGCCUUAUGUGCUCUCCUACAAAAUGGAAUUGGAGGCUGGGCGCAGUGGCUCACGCCUGUAAUCCCAGCACUUUGGGAGGCCGAGGUGGGUGGAUCACCUGAGGUCAGGAGCUCGAGACCAGCCUGGCCAACAUGGUGAAACCCCAUCUCUACUAAAAAUACAAAAAUUAGCCAGGUGUGGUGGUGCAUGCCUGUAAUCCCAGCUCCUCAGUAGGCUGAGACAGGAGCAUCACUUGAACGUGGGAGGCAGAGGUUGCAGUGAGCCGAGAUUGCACCACCACACUCCAGCCUGGGUGACAGAGCGAGACUUAUCUCAUAAAUAAAUAGAUAGAUACUCCAGCCUGGGUGACAGAGCAAGACUUAUCUCAUAGAUAGAUAGAUAGAUAGAUAGAUAGAUAGAUAGAUAGAUAGAUAGAUAGAUAGAUAGAUAGAUGGAAUUGGAGCCAUUUUGCUUUAAGUGAAUGGCAGUCCCUUGUCUUAUUCAGAAUAUAAAAUUCAGUCUGAAUGGCAUCUUACAGAUUUUACUUCAGUUUUUGUGUACGGUAUUUUUUAUUUGACUAAAUCAAUAUAUUGUACAGCCUAAGUUAAUAAAUGUUAUUUAUAUAUGCA